CGAAAGAAAGUUUAGCGCGUGUUCGAAACUUCACCCUAUUCUGAAGAGCUCUUUGUGCAAUCACGGACCCCUUGUGUGUAGUUUCUGGCGGCUGCGGAGCUGGUCAAAGUUUCCGGAUGAUUCUUAUCCGUCAAGAACUGGUCGGAUAUAGAAGUUCUCAGCAGCUUUCGUUCCGAUCAAAGUAUUGGCUGAUGUGAUUUCAGUCCGCAGCUAGGUUUUCUUCAAGCAUCGAGCGGUCGGACAGCUGUGGGAUCAAGAAAGCUUCUCAUCCCCUUCACUCUUAUACCAUGUCGACGUGCACUGGUAUCGUUGCGGUCCCAGGGGACCGUGUAGAGGUCAACGAAAAAAAUUCGCCCGUCGUCCUGGGACCCGGUCUUCUGCAGGAUAAUGAUAAUCGAGUCGUGGCUCUCAGAGCCGGAAUAUUACAUUUUAAGAGUCCUAGAACCUACUGGCUCGAGAGCCACAUCAAGAAAUACUGGCCGGCGAGAGGCGAUUGCGUGAUUGGCUGCAUACUACAGAAGGCAGGAGAGAAUUACCGAGUCAACAUAUGGGGACCAGAACCGGCGACUCUAUCUCCGUUCUCAUUCGAGGGGGCCACUAAGCGGAACAAACCGAACCUGAAGCCGGGAAACCUCAUUUAUUGCCAGGUAUUAGCAGCGCACAAAGCUAUGGAACCAGAAGUUGUUUGCAUCAAUUCCUAUGGGCGAAAAGGGGCUUUUGGGGUUCUCGAAUCAGACACUUCGAAUUUGAUAACGUUGCCUCUCGAGGUCAUACACCUUCUGCUAUCGAAGAAUUGUCCAUUGUUGACUACUUUGGGACGCAAGCUCCAGUACGAAGUGGCUAUUGGUCAGAACGGAAAGGUCUGGGUUAAUGGAAACUCCGUGAAGAAUACCUUGGCGAUCUGUUCGGCUCUCAAGGCGUGCUGUAAGCUAAGUAUUGAGCAGAUUCGUGAAAUGUGCCAGAGGAUCGCCGGAACCUCGUGAGCUAAGAAUGAGCGAUCGCAUUAUCGAAACUCGCUGGUUAUAUCGUGUAAAUAAACAAAUCAUCCGUUU